UUACAGCUUGGCUCCCCACCACUAAUCUCACCUUUCUCUGCUUCAUUCGCCUUUUCCUCUUCCUUAAAAAGCUCCCCCCCUUAAUACUACCACUGCCAUGAUUAUUCAGCCAUUGAAAUCCCUUUCUGCAACUAAAAGAUUGUACUACUUUCACCCAAUCCCGAGCAUCAACCGCCACAAAGAAUGCUCAAACAGAAAGUACCCAUUUUCCGUAAGGUCUCAAAUAUGCUCAGAAUGUCCAUCUUUGUUUCUAAAAUGAGGAAACCGGUUAUACCCAAGCUCAUACUCUUUCUCAAGAAAUCAAGAAAGCUUAAACGGUCCAAGUUCUUGCUGCUGGACGAGUACCGUAAUCGUAAUAACUAUGGGUUUCUUCACGACUAUGAGUUCUCUCCUUCGAGCACUCCUCCUCUUCUCUUUCAUUGCCGCAAAAAGAUGCAGUUCAAGAAAUAUGGAAGUUACAAAGACAGUAUAUACUCCAUGUUUUUCAUGUGUAGAUGCUCGGGUGGUCUCAAAGGAGGAGAAGUGGCAUUGCCAUUGGAAACAGUAGUACCAUCAGCAUCUGCUAUUAUUCAUGCAGGGGAUUAUUUGCAGCCGUUGGAUUUGUGGGAUGAAGAAGAGUCAGUUGAUCAGAAGGCCGAAAGGUUCAUUGAGAGAUUCUACCAAGAGAUGAGAAUGCAAAGGCAGGAAUCUAUUUAGCUGGCCGGUUAUAAUCUAUUCGACAUUUGCUGGCUGGGCUGGUGGUGUUUCUUUAAAUGUUCUUAAAUUUUUUUUGCUCGAUUAUUGUUUCACUUAUUCUGAUUUUUCCACAUGAUAUUUUUCAAAUAUGUGGAAAAUUCUUUUAUUCUUUUUUUUUUUUUUUGAGAAUUUUUUUCUUUUCAUUUGUUGUAUGUGGAUCCCAAGAAAGUGACUUUUCCCCCUAA